AUGGAGGACGAGGAAGAGCGCAGCGAAGUGUGCGCGCUUCUCUACAGCAACCGUUCGGCGGCGGCAUUCGCCCUAGGCAAAUACACGGCGGCCAUCAGUGACGCCGAAAAGUCCAUUGCGAUGCGUCCGGAAUGGGCAAAGGCGGUGGCGAUGGAGCCGAAUGAUCCGCAUGUGCGGGUGAGCUGCGAGCGGGCGCGCAUUAUGGCCAGGAACGAGGAGAUGGGGCUGCGCGUGAUCCAGCUGCUGCCGGGCAGAGACAUUGCGCUGAAGCCGAAAGGGCUGCAUCCGAUACGCAGCAAGAUUUUCGAGUUCGCCGUGGGCAUGCAAAACUACAUAUAUCUGGUGGUGGACAGCGACACGCGCAAGUGCAUAGUGGUUGAUGCGUGCUGGGACGUCGACGGGAUUCUGGCAGUGAUUGAGCGCGAGCAGCUGCUGCUGGCGGCGGCAGCGAUCACGCACGGGCACUUUGACCACACAGGCGGGAUUCCGCCAGCGCCCUUCUCGUCCCUGCGGAUCCGCGUCACCGGCGUUGGCGAGCUGAAGCGACGGCUGCCGCACCUCCCCCUGCUGGUGCAUCCGCUGGACAUGCCCGAGGUGGCCGCGUCGAACCCGCAGCUCAAGCCGCAGCACUUCACGCCCACGCCCAACGGCUUCACGUUCCGGCUAGGCCAGCGCACCGAGGUUAAAUUCAUGCACACCCCGGGCCACACGCCCGGCAGCCAGUGCCUGCUGGUCAACGAGUGCAGGCUGUUUAGCGGCGACACGCUGUUCCCGGGCAGCUGCGGCAGGGUCGAUCUGAAGGGCGGGUCGAUGGCCGAUAUGGUCGAGAGCCUGCAGACCAGGCUGAGCGCUGUCGCCGACGCUACCAUUGUCUAUCCCGGCCACGAGUAUGGCGGCGAGUGGACCAGCAUUGGCAGGGAGAAAAAGAGAGGGUUUCUUCGGCCAGUCGGCACCGCGGGCUCGGCUCAGGACAAGUGGGGGAGGCUUGACGACGGACCCUGCCGAUAG